AAAAAAAUUAUACAUACAAAACAAUGUGAUAAAAAAAAGACGACCGGUAGCGUAUUUUUUUUUUUAAACAAACUCCAUCAUGGACCAGAAUCAGCUGGAUAGCUCCCCAGAUCUCUCCCUUAAGUUGAGAAGAGGAUCGAGCGACUCGAGGGAUUCUUUUUAUAUGGAUUUCGAUAAGGGGAUCGACUCGGACAUCGAGGAGAUGGCGACUACUUCGGGGGCGGAUUUCGGGGGUGAUACCACCGGUGAAAUUACGCUCAUCACCCCGACGGCGGUGGAGGUUAAACCUGAAGGAACCAGUUGGCCGAUGAUUCCACCCCAAAAUAUGAGCGGUGGUAGUAGAAGUAGCGCGGGGUUGCUGGGCGGUAAAGACCCUCUUCUACCCUCACCUGCUUCUCCACACCCCGUCAUAGUUUCACCGGAAACCCUUAGCCAUUCUUCGCCGUCCAAGUCAACCGCUAAGCAUGUCAACUCCUCGGGUCACACUGUCCAAAUACAAACUCAUAGAACAAUAAACACAGCACCCACGCUUACCAUGGCUGGCUAUUAUUAUCAGCAUCAGCCUCUUCCUAUUGUAAGAAGACUGAGUAGGGCUGAAAGGCAAGUUGAAUGGAGGCAGCUCGGAGCUGACGCCUUGGCAACCACCCUCUCGGCCCUUUAUGGAAAACUGCUCGUCGUCAUGGGCACGGCCUUUCCCAUGGCGGAAGUCAUAUCAACGUACAUCCCUCCGUCGUUUUACGAGGCCUAUUAUCUCUAUCUAUAUAUUGGAAGCAUGUUUUUUCUACUUUAUAUGUAUACGGUUUUGAUGCGGGAUAAACGGAAAAUGAAGAAGAGAGACAGGGAGUUGACUAGUAUAAGAUCAACCGCAACCAAGGAAGAAAUCAUAUCAGACGAGGAAUCAGACAAUGAUUCAAACACGACUAGUGCCACGACAAUAUCGGAAGCUCCCAAGUAUCGAGCGAGGGUGUCUUCAUUUUCUGUAACGAAACAAAAUCACUAUGGAAGUUUUUAUUUGAGGAUGGGAGCAGUUGCAUUUGGAAUUGGCAGUAUGAUCUACUCAGGUCUAGAAUUUGGCCAAUAUUUCGAAGUGGAAAGAAAUACGAAAUGCCAUAACGUCUUACUCGCCUUAACUCCAGCUACAAGAAUGGCAUUCAUAUUUAUACAAAUGUACUUUAUAUUUUUGAAUAAUGAGCAAAUGCGCGUGUAUAAGCAUAAAGUGGCAGCUCGGUUCGGUCUAAUGCAUAUGAUUGGAACGAAUUUAUCCGUUUGGCUCAACGUGCUUGUACAGGAAACUAAACAUGAAAUAUUGACUUUUUAUAAUCCAGAGAAUAAUUCUUUAAGGAUAUCGCAUCGGAUACCUUAUAAAGGAAACGUGCUUGGUCUUCCAUUAGUCACAAGCGAACAUCCCCCGGAGGCACACGGUCAUCACAUCGUAGCGAGGGGACUUAAGGGUCCUCAUCACCUCUACGAAUGCCGACGCACGAACAUAAUUGGGUCCUUAGUACAAGACGCCUCGCCCUUUUUGUUUCCCUGCACAAUCGAGUACAGUUUAAUAUGUGCCGCCAUUCUCUACGUCAUGUGGAGGAGCAUAUCGAAGCUACCAAACUCCGGAAGUCAAACUUUAAAAAACCGAACGGAUCUAAGUGCUUACAAGAAAAGUCCCCAUCAUUAUUCCGUGGACUGUGCGAGGGCCCACAAAGGGUUGUUCGUCGGUAUUUUACUGCUGGUCUUAACGAUUAUUUCGUUAAUUUUAUUUUUUGUGUUGAUUUCACGCUCGGAGUUUGUCGGCCUUGCCGUGAUCGAGGUGAACAUUUGCGAGUUGACUUUGUAUGGUUUAACCACGCUUGCGUCGGUCAUAGGCAUGUGGCAAGUCCGACAACUGAAGUACGACGGCACCAAGAAUCUACAGCUUGAUAAUAUUUUAUUGGUUGGUGCUCAGACUGGCAUGUAUAUUUACAGCACCUUCACAAUCAUCGGAGGUCAGUUCACUAUUCAAAAAAAUACCGUCUUAGUCUUAGUCACGGCUGUGGCUUCGCUGCUACAGACCACUUGCCAAACGAUUUUUAUACUGGAUGCCUCCAGACGAAGCUGCGCCACUCCAGACCAAAUCAGGAAAAAACCUGGAAGGGAAAUCGUCACGUUUUUACUUGUGACCAACUUGGCCAUGUGGGCUAUUAACACUCUGGAGAAGUCCAGAGCCGAAUCGCAUCCCAUACAGCUUCAUUUUUAUGGACUUUGGGCUUGGACCAUCAUAACUCACGUGUCCAUGCCAUUGGCGAUUUUUUAUCGGUUUCAUUCCACCGUUUGCUUGUGUGAGAUUUGGAAAAGGGCCUAUAAAAUGAAACCUACUUAUAUGUAGUUGGAGUAGACUUGUCUUGAGAUAAAUUUUACUGGAAGCUGUUUAAACAUAUUUCUCUUUUGUGAGUGCUGAAAUACGCAUGCAAUAACAUGCCAGAGAAAAAUAUAGACAAAUCGUUAAUAUAAAGUUAAAAAGAGAACAACAAUGCUUCCUCACUGGCGUCGGAGAAACGCUAUCGUUUUGUUUUCAACUUGUGACGUAAAGUUGCACACAACUAUAAUUUUCCAAAUAUAAUGUACAUUUGACAUGCUAAACACCUUUUUUGCUCAAAUAUUUCAAGUUAUACUUAUAAUAGUAUACCAUACUCAUUUGUGCACAUUUAUUAAAAAUAAUUUGUACGCUCUAUUUUGAUCUAUUGAAUAUAUGAAUCGUAUGAACAAGCAUUUCGAAUAAAGGAAAAUUUUCGUCUUAGUUGGCGAGUAUAUGGACCCUUAUUUUUAAGUUCUAGCUGAUAGAUCAGUUGUCCUAGUCACACGUGUGCAAUAUAGAAUAAAAAAGAGACAACAAGCUCUAUUAUACAUUUUUUAAUUAUUAUAAGACCACUUAUUAUAUAUAUGCAAGUCUCCUAUACUAUAUAGGACUCUAGGCAAGCAAAUAUUUACAUAUGCCAUUAUUAUCUAC